GAAGCCAAAAGGACAUCUGUCUGACUGUGUGUGUGUUUGGGUCCAAGUCUUGUAGUAUCCACAGCAUGGGGACAUCGCCGAUCUGCAUGCUGAAUCUGUGGCUCGUUGUCAUGGAGAAACUGAUGCACUGAGGAGCAAAAGGAAAAGGAUAACUGAAGAGUCUUGAUGGUUCAGAAGGAGAUGAGUAGAAUUUGUGAGAUGCUGAAUUUGCUUCUGGUUGUGGACUUUUGAAGAAUGGCAGUCGUCAAAGAGAUCAGCAGUGAGUGGUGCCGUUAGAGGAGAUUUAAAGAUGAAGUUUAAGAAAUUCAUCACGAUCAUGCAAGCAGCGAUCGGGGUUGUGCCCCUGAACAAACGGGAGCUGAUGCCACAAGGCAGGAAACUAUGGAGACCCUCUGGGGACCAGGGACAGCCUUGCGCUGAACAGUCCAGCUCCAGCACUGACCUUCUCAAGUCGGGCCGCAAGUUCUGCUGGUCCAGAGAAGCCCAGUACUUUUAUCUUCGGCGCCUCUCUUCAAGAAGCUUCUCAGCUAUCACAAUGAACCCGGUCAUGGAGGAGACCGUGUGGGAGCAGUACACGGUGACCCUGCACAGAGAUCCAAAAAUGGGUUUUGGCAUUGCUGUGUCUGGAGGCCGAGACAACCCGAAUGAGGACACGGGCGAGACGUCCAUUGUCGUGUCCGAUGUUCUGCAGGGAGGACCGGCUGAUGGAUUAUUGUUUGAGAAGGACAGAGUAGUGCAGGUGAACGCCAUCCCCAUGGACGGAGCCCUCCACUCCUUCGCCGUUCAGAGCCUCAGGAAGUGCGGCAAAGUGGCUAAAAUUACUGUCAAGAGGCCCAGGAAGGUUCCAGUCAACAUGGUGAACCGCCCUCCAUCACCUGAUGACAGAGUCUUCAGCAGUGAUUACAAUGACGACUACAACUACGACCCAGACCGGCGCAGCGUGUACAGCGGCCGCAGCGGCGGCCGCGACGCCAGCGUGGAGCGGGAGCGCGGCAGGGGAGGCUACGUGGAUUCCGGCUACCAAACCAGAGAACGCGAUUACGAUCGUCAGGAACGUGGCAGGAGCACGGAGAGAGACCUCAGCCCGGACCGACAGUACCGGCGAGACGGCAGCAGGGGCCGCACUCUGGAUAAGGAGCGCAGCCCCGACCGCAGGUACAGGAGCGAGCACGUGCUGGACCGCGACUACAGUCCAGACAGAAGGUACCGCAGCGAGCGCACGCUGGACCGAGACUACAGCCCCGACCGCCGCUACCGCAGCGAGCGAGCCCUCAACCACGACUACAGUCCGGACAGGCCCCACCGCAGCCAGAGAACGCUGGACCGCACCAACAGCCCUGACCUGCGCUACAGGCGAGACAGCCCGGGACCGGCCUCAGGACGCGACCACAGCUUUGAACGGGGGCGUGACCACGACCCGAGAAAGUACGACGAACCAAUGAAGCGAAGCGGGAGCAGGGACCGCUUGGACCACUCGCCGUCACCCGCCGCCAUGCCCAUCCCUCUGCCCCGUCCGGCUCGAGACCUGGAGCCGCUGGAGAAACCCCUGAGUGUGCUCCUGCUGAAAAACCAUCCAAGUGAAGAAUAUGGCCUUCGUCUGGGCAGCCAGCUCUUCAUCAAAGAGAUGACCAGCACAGGUCUUGCUGGUAGAGAUGGCAACUUGCAGGAGGGAGACAUUAUACUUAAGAUUAAUGGCACGGUGACAGAAAACCUGUCUCUCAGUGACGCCGGGAGGCUGAUCGAGAAAUCCCGCGGGAAGCUGCAGCUGGUGGUGCAGAGAGACAGACGGCAGGUUCUGAUCCGAAUCCCCCCGAUGGUCGACAGCGACUCGGAGCUUGAUGAUAUCUCUGAGAUCGAGUCGUACCGCUCUUACUCUCCACAGGAUGACAGACGGGGCCAUCACUCCGACCUCUCCUCCCACUCCUCCAAUGAGAGGCUCAAAGACAAACCCAGAGAGGACCCCCCUAAUAGGAUGACAAAAAUGGGUGCCAUGGCAACUCCAUUCAGAGUUCCAGAUCGACUGGUUGAAGACGCAGCUCCAUUGCAGGCUGAGAGGGAGGACCAUCGAGCAGAGACGCCACCACCACCAACUGUCACCGUGGCCCCAAAGAUUCACGCCGCUCCUAAAGUGCCACUCAAGCCCAGCAUAGAGGACCAGGAAGUAUACGGGCCCAACACGGUGAUGGUGCGUUUCAAGAAGGGAGAGAGCGUGGGUCUCAGGCUGGCCGGAGGAAAUGAUGUGGGCAUCUUCAUCGCUGGUGUUCAGGAGGACAGUGCAGCUCAGCAGGAGGGACUCCUCACCGGCGAUCAGAUCAUGAAGGUGAACAGUGUGGACUUCAGAGGCAUGGUGCGUGAAGACGCUGUGCUCUACCUCUUGGAGAUUCCCAAAGGAGAGGAUGUAACCAUCCUUGCUCAGAGCAAACCUGAAGUGUACGAGGACAUUUUAGCAUCUGGCAGAGGCGACUCCUUCUUCAUCCGAACUCACUUUGAAUAUGAAAAAGAGGCUCCGCAGAGCCUUCCUUUCUCCAGAGGAGAGAUCUUCAAAGUGACUGAUACACUUUAUGAUGGCAAGCUGGGCCACUGGCUGGCGAUCCGCACCGACAAGGACAACCAGCUGCUGGAGAAAGGAAUCAUCCCCAACAAGAGCAGAGCAGAGCAAAUGUCUAACGUCCAGAAUGCGGCGCGGGCGGCCUCGGGCAACGACAGAGGAGACUUCUGGAGGCUGAGAGGCCAGCGAGCAGCCAAGAAGAAAGACUUGCGCAAGAGCCGAGACGAUGUGAGCGCAGCUCCAGUCGCCACGCGGUUCCCCGCCUACGAGAGAGUGGUGCUACGUGAAGCUGGUUUCAGGAGGCCUGUAGUGAUAUUUGGACCCAUUUCUGAUGCGGUGAAUGACAAAUUGGCCAAUGACUUACCGAAUGAGUUUAUUGUUGCCAAAACGGAGCCCAAAGAUGCAGGAAGCGAGAAAUCCUCUGGAGUGGUGAGGCUGAACACCAUAAGACAAAUCAUUGAACAGGAUCUACAUGCUCUGCUGGACGUAACUCCCAAAGCAGUGGACACUCUGAACUACACCCAGUGGUAUCCAAUCGUCAUAUUCCUGAACCCAGACAGCAAACAAGGCGUGAAGACCAUGAGGUCUCGCCUCAUGUCUGGAUCAAACCGAAGUGCACGCAAACUAUACGAGCAGUCUGUCAAGUUGAGAAAGACCUGCUCACAUCUUUUCACAGCAACUGUUGAUCUGAACUCAGCUAAUGACGCGUGGUAUGGCAGUGUGAAAGAUUCAAUCCGGGAACAGCAGGACCGGGCUGUGUGGGUAUCUGAGGGCAAGCUGGACGGUUCAGAAGAGGACCUGGACCUCCAUGACGACCGCAUGUCAUACCUGUCGGCAAUGAGCGCCGACUAUCUCAGCAUGGACAGCCGUCUGACCAGUGACUAUGAGGACACAGCAGAUGAGGGCGGGGCGUAUACGGACAAUGAGCUGGACGAGCCGCUGGACGAGCCCCAGCCGGUGUCGGCCAUCAGUCGAUCGUCUGAGCCCGUGUCACGAGAUGAUAGGUCUCACCCUGAACCCCGGUCUCGUAUGAGGAGGGCAGGGAGCAGGGAGAUGCUGAACAGAGAGCCCAGCCCUCCCCCUGCCUUUGUCCCUGAACCCCCCAAGGUGCGUGCCCAGACCCGGACGGACUCCACACGGAGCUAUGAAUCCCACUCCAGCAGCACCAUCAGCAGUGAUGCAGCAGGUGGAAACAAGCCGGCCCCCCCACCCAUCUCUGUGAAGCCCUCCAUCACCCGCAUGAAGCAGUCGUCUGAGGAGCAGAGCACAGGCAGGGGGGACGAGCGAGGGGAGGACGACCCUGCCAACAAAUCCUUCCUGGGCAAGAGAAUGGGUGAUCAGAUUAAAGCAUUUGAGAAGAUGGACCACCUGGCACGUGCUCACCGGCUCCUGGAGCUGCAGGAGGCAGAGAGUGCUCGAUUGGAAAUUGCCCAGAAGCAUCCAGACAUCUACGCUGUCCCGGUGAAACUGCCAAAGCCCAAUCUCAACCGUCCACAGCCCAUUGGCUCCAACGCCGAGCCCCAGACGUCGUCCAGGCCGCUGUACUCGGAGACGAGAGGACAUGAAGACGCUGAAGCAGAGUACCACCGGCAGCUGUCUGAGCAGGCCAAGAGAGGAUACUACAACCCACAGAAGUACAAAGACACUGAGCUGUAAAGGUCCAAAACCAGGAAGUGAUGUCAUCAUUCUCCUCCUCCUGCUACGAGCAGGCAGCGGCCGUCGCCACGGUCCCAGCUUUUGCUGCUUUGCAUUAAUACAAACCCUCAGAACUUUUUAAACAUUUCAUAACAUUUCCAGCCAAGAUGUUGGUUUCAACACUUUCACACACUUUUCAAACUGUCAUCUUAGGAACAUCACAGUGUGUGCACCCUGGUCCAGGACACACGUAUGCACUGUAUGUACUGAACAAAAAGAAGAAAAAUGGCAUUUUUUUUAAUUUUUUCUUUCUACUUCCUUCACAAGUCGCGUUCUGUUGUUUAUGUUCUGUUUGUGUCGGUGAGAUUCUGUUUACCUUCACUACAUUUAACCCCAGAUGGAGCCUCCAGUGUUUUACCAUAUACCGCUACGUCACGGAGGGAAACAUUUGCAACACCUCCACUGAACAAAGAUGCAAAAAACACUUUAAUGAAGCUUUGAAGGUCUGCACAGCUGUGCUGAAUGUUACUAACGGUUUAGCCCUCUUCAAAAAAAACACGACUAAGGCUUCAUGUUGACUGUACGUACGCUUUCCUCUUCUGCAGAGGCGUUACUUUUUCCACAUUCCUGUUGACUGCACCUCUAACUUAUCUCUGUCAAUGUGCAGAUUUAAUAAAGGGCAAACUGAUUCCCCAGCCCAGCUGUUAACGAACAUCAGGAACCCCCACUUCACAAAAAAGUCACGCCCACAUCCCGAGGCAGAAACUGUAACACCCAGGUUUUGUUUUGCCACCGCGUACAUAUGUUUCAGGAAACUUGUUCCUUCAUGAUUUAUUAGCAGCCGCUGUGAUCUCAGGUGUUAACCAUCUCGUCUGAUCCCUCCUGCCAAGGCUUCUCUGAAGUGUUGCACGUGUCCACAUUCUGCACUCCGUCUGUACGACCAGUGCAUUCCUGGUGCCUUGUAGCUCUUAUUUCAGCUUGGGAAAUAGGACUUCAGUAGAGGGGAUGAGGGUGUUUAAACUACUAAAACCAGAAGCUGCAAGCAUGAAUGCAUCAAAAACAAGAGGCUGAAAAUGUUUGCAGUAUAUUGAUGCUAUUCUCAACAAAUGGCAAUGUCAUUUCUGCUGUUACGUUUCUUUUUCGAGUCUAUAAUUAAAGAUGUGUAUCAUACUGGAAUUUAAAGAUACAGAAUUUAUUUCAUUAAAAUAUUCCUUGUAUGUGUUCUGCAGUUGAAAUAGUUUUCUGUAUAAUAACUUUGUGAGAAUCUCUGUUUUGGAGUCAGUUGGAUCAGAGGGAGCUUGUAAAUGAUGUCACAAGAUUUACUGAAGGUAAAUCAUAAAUGAACAAGCAGAUGAAAGUGCGAGGAACUUGUAUUUCUUGUGAUUCAUUUAAAACGAUGCCGUGCAUUUGUUCUUAUCGGCUGCUCGCAACCAGAGACGAUCACGUUUUUAUUGCAUAUAUUUUUAUACUGAACCUACAAACACUUCAGUCUGUACGCAAGCGUGUUGGGAAUACGGUGACAAUCACGUCUGUCUUCAGAAUAUUUGUUAGUUUGUGACUUAUGUUUUGUUUUUUUUUAGUUCGUGAUCUCCUGAGUGUUUCACAACUCGCUCUUGGAAAAUUCAAAUAAAUCUCACUUUUUUUUUACACUGUC